CCACAGAAUUAGGAGCUUUCGCAGCAUCAGCAGCGAUAGCAAGUCUUAAAAAAAAAGUUUCAAUCAAUUCAGUAUUCUUUAGAAAUGUUUUACAAACCGAUAAUAUAGCUCUAUAUCUAGCUCAUCACGUAAGUUUAAGGGCUGGUCUACCGAUCGAAAUACUAGCUUUAACUAUAAAUCGACUAUGUAAAUCUAGUUUUCAAGAUGUAAUUAAUGCAGUUCAAGAAAUCGGAUCAGCCGAUCUAAGAUGGGAAGUCAGAUUUGGUCUAGAUUUAAAACUUGAAGAUUCCUUAGUAGUUUGUUUAGUAGAUCAAUAUUCUACUAGAACUCCAAUGGUGUCACUGCAAAAAAUUUGGCUAAAAAAUAAUAUUACUCGUGAACAAGCUGAUAAGUAUGCUAAAUUAACUAAAGCUGCUAGAUAUUUUUUUGAUGAGAUAACACCAGUUGAAGUCAAAACAAAAAAAGGCCCUGCAUUAUUUUCUAGAGAUAAGCAUUCACAAACAACUAUCCAAACAUUAUCUAAACAACCUUCCAUAUUUGUUAAAGAUACUGGUAUAGUAACAGUGUGUAAUGCAUCAGGUAUUAGUGAUGGUGCAGUGGCAAUUAUUGUAGCUAGUGAAGAUGCUAUAAAAGAAUAUGAAAUAGUUCCUUUAGCAUGUAUUGUUAGUUACUCUGUAACUGGUAUAGAACCUACUAUUAUAGGAAUAGGUCCUGUACCAGCAAUUAAAGAAGCAUUAAAAAGAGCCAAUCUUAAACUUUUGGAUAUUGGGCUAGUGGAAAUCAAUGAGGUCUUUGCUCCUCAAUAUUUAUCUGUAAAAAAGGAAUUGGGACUUGAUCAUAAUAUCACUAAUGCUAAUAGUG